CAGUCUGGCCGUAGCGCUGAAAAACUUGUUGUUGUCUGGGAAAAUGGCGUCAAACGUAGAGGCCCCGGAGCGCUGGUACCUCGCCCUUUUAGGCUUUGCGGAGCAUUUCCGAACCUCCAGUCCGCCCAAAAUACGACUCUGUGUGCACUGUCUACAGGCCGUGUUUCAGUUUAAGCCCCCGCAGAGGAUCGAGGCUAGAACACAUCUUCAGCUUGGCUCGGUUCUCUACCACCACACCAAGAACAGCGAGCUGGCCCGCAACCACUUGGAGAAAGCGUGGUAUAUAUCUCAGCAAGUUCCUCAGUUUGAAGAUGUCAAGUUUGAAGCUGCCAGCAUUUUGUCAGAACUCUUUUGCCAACAGAAUUUGGUGGACUCUGCAAAACCCCUGCUGCGCAAAGCCAUCCAGAUUUCACAACAAACACCAUACUGGCACUGCAGAUUGUUGUUCCAGCUGGCGCAACUUCAUACACUGGAGAAAGACUUGGUGUCAGCAUGUGACCUUUUGGGAGUUGGAGCUGAGUAUGCACGAGUGGUGGGCUCUGAAUAUACCAGGGCAUUGUUUCUCCUUAGUAAAGGAAUGCUGCUGCUAAUGGAGAGGAAGCUUGGGGAGGUGCAUCCUCUUCUCACACUAUGUGGAACUAUAGUGGAAAACUGGCAGGGAAACCCAAUCCAGAAGGAGUCUCUGAGGGUCUUCUUCCUUGUGCUACAGGUCACACACUACCUGGAUGCUGGACAGGUGAAGAGCGUGAAGCCGUGUUUGAAGCAGCUGCAGCAGUGUAUCCAAACCAUCUCCACACUCCACGAUGAUGAGAUUCUGCCGAGCAACCCAGCUGACUUGUUCCACUGGCUGCCCAAGGAGCACAUGUGUGUCCUCGUAUAUUUGGUGACAGUCAUGCACUCCAUGCAAGCAGGCUAUCUGGAGAAAGCCCAGAAGUACACAGACAAAGCUCUUAUGCAACUAGAGAAGCUAAAAAUGUUGGACUGCAGCCCAAUCCUAUCUACCUUUCAAGUCAUUCUACUGGAACACAUUAUCAUGUGCCGACUCGUCACAGGCCACAAGGCCACUGCAUUACAAGAGAUUUCACAGGUGUGUCAGCUGUGCCAACAGUCCCCCAGGUUAUUCACCAACCAUGCUGCUCAGCUUCACACACUAUUGGGUCUGUACUGUAUCUCAGUAAACUGUAUGGAUAAUGCAGAAGCACAGUUUACUACAGCCUUGCGGCUCACCACACACCAGGAACUGUGGACAUACAUUGUAACCAACUUGGCCAGCGUCUACAUAAGGGAAGGCAACCGACACCAGGAGCUGUACAGCCUUCUUGAGAGAAUAAACCCAGACCAUAACUUUCCCGUAAGCUCCCACUGCCUCCGCGCUGCUGCCUUCUACAUCAGGGGACUCUUGUCUUUCUUUCAGGGACGGUACAACGAGGCAAAACGGUUCCUAAGAGAAACCUUGAAGAUGUCUAAUGCUGAGGAUCUGAACAGACUGACGGCAUGCUCCCUUGUUCUGCUAGGCCACAUCUUCUACGUACUGGGCAACCACAGAGAAAGUAACAACAUGGUUGUACCUGCAAUGCAGCUGGCCAGCAAGAUCCCAGACAUGUCAGUUCAGCUCUGGUCUUCAGCACUGUUGAAAGAUUUGAACAAGGCUCUUGGGAACACCAUGGAUGCCCAUGAAGCCGCCCAGAUGCACCAGAACUUUUCCCAGCAGCUGCUACAGGACCACAUUGCUGCCUGCAGCCUUCCUGAGCAUAACCUCAUCAGUUGGACUGAUGGCCCCCCUCCUGUCCAGAUCCAAGCCCAAAACGGUCCAACAACCAGCCUUGCAAGCCUGUUAUAAGGAACCUCCUGUCUAACAUGUGACUGUUGAUGCUAAAUUAUCACAAGCAACAAAUUGAUCCCUUCCAACCCGCUAUCCAGACCACUGUAGCUUAAAAGGAAUUUAACAGAUGACAGUUUGGGCCUUCACUUUAUCAGCUUCUGGAGAUUUCUUCCUGAUUGACUGCUAUUAUAUUUUUUAAUAUUGUAGAAAAAUUACAACUGCAGUUGUAAAGGUAUUUCACGCUCUCUGUUGAUUUAAAGGAGUGAAGGACACAUGGUAAAAGGCUUCUUUGCUUUUCACUACGUUUGCCAGGACUCUUUUCCAUUUGCUGGAAAACCAAGAGGAGAGAUGUGGGCAGUAAAGAAAUGUAGAAGAAAUUAAUUUAUUCAUCUUGCUAUUUUUGUAACUGUUGGUAAAUAUUUUACAUCUUGCCUUUUUUGUAUGAAUACUGUUUUUUUUUUUUUUUUUUUUUUUUUUCUUGCAUGAAAGUUACUGAUGCAGAUUCCCUGUAUGAUAGUUUUUGACCUGCUAACAAUAAACUCUUGGUAGAUAACUUUUGCACAAAAUCCACAGUAGGAAAAAAUAGAAACCUUGUAAUUUAUUUUCACAGGAUAAUAAUUUGAAAAAGUUUCCUUCUGAAAAUUGACAGUAUACAUUGCUGCAGAAUCCACUGUGCAGAAGAUGCUUGGUCUGUUAACGAACAGUGUUUGAAUACUUGUAGAAUUUAUGUGAUUUGGUGGCCACAAGGUUUGCCACAUGCAGUUUAAAAAAAAACACACACACACAUUAAGCAAUGUAUUUUUGGAAGUUGCAUAAUAUAUAAAUUCCUGUAGAUGUAUUACUUUUUACAAAUCAUGUUUUAACUUUUGGAGCCUUCAGUAAUCUUCAGAUAUCACAAAAAAAAGAAUUUAUUUUAUUUUGUUCUAUUUUAAUUUGUCUUGAUAGUUCCACUAAGGGGUUUCUUUACAGUAUGUUUGUAUAGAUUUGCCACUUGUUGAACCUUUUAUUGUACAGUGACGUUUUAUAAAGUCAAUUUAGUAAAGUGUGAUAUGUAUUAUUUUAGCUAACCUGUGUAGGUAACUUGAGGCUUGGUAUUUAAAGCACUCUGUAAGGACACAGUUUAAGCUUAAGUACUUGCUAUGUUCUAUCCAGUUCCUAUGUUUUUAAUUCUUACAUUGUUUUCAAUAAUUUUCCAAUAAAAAUAUGAUUGAAAUUUUGUAA